GGCACUGCUGGGCCGCAGGGUCCCAGGGGCCAGUGUGAAGCAGCAGGGCUUUGUGGAACCAAGAGGCCAUUGCUGCAUUAGGGCCGCGUGCAGCCAAAGGGCCGUUGUGAUCCUGCAGGGCACCGUGGAUCCAUGGAGACCAUUGUGGCACUGCAAGGCCCCAUGGAAUCACGGAGACCAUUGUGACACUGUGGGGCACCAUGGGGCACCAUGGAACCAAAGGACCAUUGUGACCCUUCAGGGCCUCACGGAAGCAAGGGGCCAUUGUGACACUGCAGAAGCAAGGAGAACAUUGUGACACUCUGGGGCAUCAUGAGCCAAGGGGAGAUGGAACAGGUCUGAACAGGUUUGGCCUCCCAGGGAUGACCUGACAGAUCCAGAUGACCUUGGCAUCUUGAGGGCAGCAUCUCAUCAGCCCCUGGAGCAUGGGUGCCCUGUGCUUUUGUUCCUAUGGAGAAGAACUGGUCUUCUCAUCCAGUGGCCACGGACAAAUUGGAAUUUGGCCUUCCAAAUUCUAUCUAUUCAAGGAUUGCUCCUAGACAAAACUAGCCAGAACAGAGAGGUCUGGCUGGCCUUGUUCCUCUGGUGAUAUUCUUAUGCUAUGAUCUGUAUGUUUUCAUUUGAAAAUAACUUGGAGAGGGCCAAGAGAUCUCCGGAGAUGGGGAUUGGAGGCCUCAAGCAAAUGACCACUAUGGAGGGAGAAAGGAGCAGUGUGCUCAGUGGAGUGGGGACUGAGGACAGCAGAGGAGAGGCCUGGAAGGGAUUGAAGAGUCAUUUCAGAGAUGGUGGAUCAUUUAGACAUAGCAGAAAAGAGACAGAAAAAGAAAGGAUUGAAAACAAGUACAGCAGAGACAGCCCAGGCUGAAAACAAGGAGAAAGGAAUUUCCCUAUCAGGGCAGGACUGUGGUGCAGCACAUCCCCCAGAAGGAGUCUGGAGCAGCCCAAGGCUUUGUGUGCCAGGCAGAGGCAGGCAGGACGCAGAGCUGUCAGCAAAGGAAGGGCCAGCGAGGUGGGGCAGCCGGGGGAUGACGACAGCCUGCAGGGACAGAGGCGCAGGGCAUGGACACCGUAGGACAGCCUGGGCUGCAGAGGGCACAGGGAUGGGCAGCAGCUGAAAGGCCCUGCCAGAGCCAGCUCCUGCAGCACUUGGGCCAUGGCUGCUGGCCCUGGGCCUGAGGCCAGCAGGGGACAAGUGAGCCUUGCUGUGCUGGGGCCUCAUUGCCUCCUUGUCCCUGCUCAGCAGCCUGGCAGGGGCCGCCCCAUGGUCCUGCCCUUGGCAUUGCACAUCCCCAGAGCCCAGUGGCCCGGGAAGAGCCCUGAGCAAUGAGGGAGGGACAGGAUGUGCCUUGCCAGGGGCUGGGGCUCAGGCCUUGGCCCUUUGCAUUCCUGAAACACAUCCAGGUGUGCUCAGAAUCAGAGACACCUUUCCCUUGUUUGUCCCCACCUGUCAUCACUGCCUUCAGUGUUCUGCUCUAACUGGAACCUGGGGACACAUUCUCAGUGGUGAACCUCAGUGGGACCCAUUAAAACUUCAAAAAACUUUGGAGUUUCAAUUUAAAUUUCAAUAUUUGAGAACUUUUUUUGAGCACACUCUGAGGAGCUGAAUAUGAUAUAAACUGCACCAAAGCCCUUAGAGGUUCAAUAAAGUCUUUGUGCUGCGUCUGUGCUGCUAAGCUGGGUCAGGCUCCUUGCACAGAAGGUGAUCCUGGAAACCAAGAAGAGCUUCAAAAACACAUUUCUCCUGAUGAACAUCCCUUCUUCCAGCCCAGCUGGCUUGGCCCUCUGUCUGCAGCCACCCCAGGCACAGCACAGAAGCACAGAGAGCUUCAAUCAGUCAGUGCUGGGAAGGUGCUCAGAAGUGGCUGGGACAGAAUCACUCCCAGCCCUUGACACAGGAAGCCUCUGGCUGCAGGACAAUGCAGCUGCAGUUCCUGCAGUGAUCUCCUAAAGCUGGAACAUCCCAAUGCCUACAGACUCUCCCAGUAUGCCCAGAGUGAAGAAAUGUCCAACAGCAGCUCCAUCAGCCACUUCCUCCUGCUACCAUUGGCAGACACACGGCAGCUGCAGCUCCUGCACUUCUGCCUCUUCCUGGGCAUCUCCCUGGCUGCCCUCCUGGGCAACGGCCUCAUCAUCAGCGCCGUAGCCUGCGGCCACCACCUGCACACCCCCAUGUUCUUCUUCCUGCUCAACCUGGCCCUCACUGACCUGGGCUGCAUCUGCACCACUGUGCCCAAAGCCAUGCACAAUUCCCUCUGGGACACCAGGAACAUCUCCUAUUCAGGAUGUGCUGCACAGGUGUUUUUCUUUCUGUUCUUCAUAUCAGCAGAGUUUUAUCUCCUGACUGUAAUGUGCUACGAUCGCUACGUGUCCAUCUGCAAACCCCUGCACUACGGGACCCUCCUGGGCAGCAGAGCUUGUGCCCACAUGGCAGCAGCUGCCUGGGCCAGUGGCUUUCUCAAUGCUCUGCUGCACACAGCCAAUACAUUUUCCCUGCCCCUCUGCAAGGGCAAUUCCCUGGGCCAGUUCUUCUGUGAAAUCCCACACAUCCUCAACCUCUCCUGCUCACACUCAAACCUCAGGGAACUUGGGAUUCUUGCUUUUUGUGUCUGUUUAGCUUUUGGUUGUUUUGUGUUCAUUGUUUUCUCCUAUGUGCAGAUCUUCAGGGUUGUACUGAGGAUCCCUUCUGAGAAAGGACAGCACAAAGUCUUUUCCACCUGCCUCCCUCACCUGGCUGUGGUCUCACUGUUUAUCAGCACUGUCACAUUUACCUACCUGAAGCCCCCCUCCAUCUUCUCCCCAUCCCUGGAUCUGGCACUGUCAGUUCUGUACUCAGUGGUGCCUCCACUCCUGAACCCCCUCAUCUACAGCCUGAGGAACCAGGAGCUCAAAGCUGCAAUGUGGACAUUGAUGAUGGGAUUGUAAGAAACUGUAAACUUCUUGUUAGUUUCUGCAAGCCACUUGUAGUAAAAACCAUAUUUGAUACU